GCCAGCAAUCAAAAAGAAGACGUUAGUGGAGGUGGAAACAGACACACACCGCGGCCUCAAAAGGCUUCAAAAUGGCAGUUUUUGCCGUUUUGUUCUCGGCAGUGAUGCUCCCUACUGUUGUACCAGCCUUGAUCGAAAAACACUCCCUCUACUACAUAUACACAGCUUUAUCCAAACCUGUCGACCUGCCGGGCAUCUAUGAAUUUACUGCAAUGGGUUUGCUUGAUGACAGACAGAUUGACUAUUACAAUAGCAUAGAUCAGAAGAAGAUUCCUAAACAGCCCUGGAUGAAACAGAAAAUGCAGGAAGAUUACUGGGAAAAAGGCACCCAGUCCAGAAAGAGCAAAGAACAGUGGUUCAAUGUGAAUGUCAACAUUCUGAUGGAGCGUAUGAGACACAAUAAUUCAGAUGUUCAUGUUCUUCAGUGGAGACAUGGUUGUGAAAUUGAGAGUCAGGGGGAUGAUGUCCGGUUUUCCAGAGGCAUUGAUGAGUACAGCUAUGAUGGAAGAAACUUCUUGUCUUUUGAUGAUGCGGAGUCUCGGUGGGUUGCCCCAGUGGAAGAAGCUCUUCCAACCAAGAGGAAAUGGGAUAAUGUGCCCAUCCUAAAUCAGUACACCAAGGGCUACCUGGAAAAAGAGUGUGUGGACUGGCUCAACAAAUUCAGAGAAUAUGGAGAUCAGGAGCUCAGACAAGGCUCUGCCCCAGAAGUUCAUGUGUUUGCGAAGAAGAUAAUCAAUGGCAAAGCCAAGCUAAAACUUACUUGUCUGGCCACUGGAUUCUACCCUAAAGAUGUGAUUUUGACCAUAAGGAAAUACCGCACAACACUGCCUGAUAAUAAGGUAGAAUCCACAGGAGUUAGACCAAACCAUGAUGGGACCUUUCAGCUGAGAAAGAGCGUUUACAUAUAUGAGGAUGAAAAAGCAGAAUAUGACUGUCAUGUGGACCACAGAACCCUCAAGAAACCAGUUAUCAAAAAAUGGGAUGGGGAGUGCCUGGACAGCCCUGAGUCAGGACCUCCAAUAGGUAUGAUUACUGGAGCAAUAAUUGGACUUUUCAUUGUGCUGGCAGCCAUUGGUGGAGCAGUUUAUUUCCUAAAAAAGAGGAGUGGAAAUAAGGAUGAGAAACUCUCUUCAGUGUCAACUAUCUCUGGAAAUAAGGAUGAGAAACUCUCUAUGCUAUCUGGUUCAAACGACUCUGGUAAAGGGAGUAGUGAUGAAAGCAGUCCUACUCACUCACAGGAGAAAAUGGACAGUGUGUGAAGGAGUCCAAAAACAAACCGACAGCUGCAGAAGGACAAUCUACUGAUGGAGAUCUGAAAAGUUAAAGACAGAUCAUCUUGGAUAAUUUGUAUUUGCAGAAUGACAGUUGAUUUACCCCACGCCCCAUUUUCCAUUAUUUCUUUUCAUAAAAUUUGGUUUUGUUCAUUAUAUAUUUGUUUACUGUUUUUGCCUUAAUACUCCUACAUCUAAAAGAUAGAGUAGACAAAUUUUCAAUACCAGUUAAAAAAAGUGCACCAAUAAACAUUUUUAGCACCAAUAAAAAUUACCCAGAGCCUUUUUGAUAAAAGUAUCAUAAAAUUAUCCUCGACGCUUUAUAAAAAAGUUAUGCAUUCCUAUAUACUUUUCAGUUUCACAUUGAACUGAAAAAUGAUGUUGUGAUUUUUUUAUUUUAGUUUCUUAAUUUAGAUUUAAUUCUCAGCUUUCAUAUAUGCAUAAUAAUUUGUGAUCUAAUAUUUCUUCACGAUAUAAGAUGCAUCAGUGUUAUAAUGGAUAUUUUCAUGCUGUUAAUUGGGGGCCUUUAUUAAGCUAUUUCAUAAGUGUGGUUGAUUCUAUAGCUGUCAUUUAUAGUGCCUUUACAAAAACUGAUGAAUAUCACUGUUUUACUGUUGUGACUGUACAUAUUAUUUCUGGUGUUUCUGUUUAAGUCUGUUAAUUUGUAAAUUUGUUUGUCUUAAUAUGGUUUAUUGAGAUAAAGUUGGUUUUAUAUUCAGACAUUCAGACUUUCUCCUUAAUAAUAUAGUUUCAGAAAAGUAUUCUUUGCACAUUCCAAAUGGUGAAAUCAUAUUAGCAGCCAAUGAAUAUCAAAGCAAAACAUUGUUCACAGUCAGUGAAAUAGUGCUAAUGUUGUUUUAAACUCACACUUGCAUGUGAUUUAAGCCAAAUAUUUAUAGGGAGCAUGUCAUAAGUUAUCACUGAACGAAUACGUAAAUAUAAAACCAUCUUUAUGUCGAUAUAUAGUUUUGGCUUUGUUAAAAACUGAGCAUCUUGUGAAUUUUGCACUUUCUUUUUAUUAACAAUAAAGUGGUUUUAAAAAGGGUAAAAAA